AUGUUCAAGAAAAAGCCUACUAUCAAAAAUCUCUCGCCGCUACGAUCCUCGGACCGACGCAAGAUCGCCGAUCAGAUCAUCAGCGACUACAAGAUUGAAAUCCCUACGAACCCACCCGUGGAAUCUAGUACCGACGAUUCCACCCCCGCGAAUACCACGCAGCCCACCCUCACCUCCCUUCGGAAUGCUCUCCUCCCCGAGAACUGCCUCUCUGCGCGCUUCACGACAACGGCCGGUCCCGACCUGCGUGAAGUCCAGGGCACCGUAUACGUAGGCACACACAGCGACGGCGAAGAGCGCGUACUAUGGUUCCGGAUCGACCAGGGCCCUGGCGCGGACAAGCGUCUAUACCCGACCGUUUACACUCUCUGGCACAACCCGAAGAUUGUCCCGCUGCUGUACACGCCUGAACUUGUGAUGUGCAAGCUCCGCGGGGGUGCGGAUCUGAUGACGCCAGGUCUGGCGAAUGAGCCCCCGUUUCCUGAGCGCGCGGUCAAGGGUGCCGUUGUUGCGGUUUCGAGUCUGGAUAGGGAGACUGUGCCGCUUUUUGUGGGUAUUUGUGAAAUUGAUGUCUCUGCUCUUGGGGAGGUACAAGGGACUAAAGGACAUGCUGUUCGUGGAAUCCAGUGGGAGGGUGAUGAAUUGUGGGCUUGGAGUCCGUCUUUGAGGCCGGGAGUGGCUGCUCCGGAGUAUAUCCAGGGAUGGGACGAGGAAGAAGUUUCUGAGGAGGCGGAGGUCGGCGAAGUUGAAGAGGGAGUUCAGGGGCUAGCUCUGGAGGCCCAAGGGCAAGAGGCCGGAGAAGUGCAGACAGGAGAACCCGCUGAGGAAGAGGCCAUUGAAGAUCCGGUCAUCGAGGAGAAAGAGCCGACCACGAAAGAUCGAUGA